AGACAACGAUACUCUUUAUCUCUUUCUCUUCUUCUCCCCCACCACAGAACAACAACGAAAUUGACAAGAGCAGGAUGACCAGAAAUUGUGAACGGCUCAGUUGGGUCGGAUCGAGGAAGAAACCCAACGACUCUCCACCAUUGUCAAGAGGCGAACCCACGGCGGAGCUUCUCUUCCUUGGUAGCGGAGACGGAGAAGACAGAGGAAGAGGACGACGUCGGUGAAGAUAUAGGAGCGAUGGUGGUUUGUUCGUGCGAGACGCUUGCGAAUCAUCUCACCAACUGUGGUUUUCAGGCUACUCCUUUAGGAGAUCGUGUAAUCAAGGCGUUUUAUGAUCAAGGUGGGGAUAAUUCAGCGAAUGAUGGGACUGGUGGUUAUCUAUGGCUGGGACAAAAGAAAGCUUUCCUGAUUCUUGAUGAUGCAGAGAAUGCAGCUAUGGCUGCGGUGGAAGUGGACAAGCUUGACCAUCCCAGUCAAACUAAGGAGAUAGCUUUUAAGAAACAGACUGAGCUAGAGGAGGAUCAUGUCGAUGGUUCCUAUAGUCGAUGAAUCUGAUUUGUCUCUGAAGAAAUCUGAUUCCUGGCUUAUUAUUUAUCAAAUUUUUGUAUCAAACUGCAGUUGUUGUUGUUGUGUUGCUCUAUUUGUAAAACUACAAUGCAAAAAUGGCAUAAUUUUUAUGAAAAUGACUAUUGUAUUUGUAUCUAUUAUGUUUUUAUGGAUACA